AUGCAGAUCAGCACCUCCUGGCCUCCACCCACUAUCUUUUGGAAGCUUCUCAAAGCUCCUAGAACCACAGCUGAGGAACCUCAGACUGUGAGGGACGGGGCCGAUAAAAGGUUUUCCUGUACUGAGUGUGGGAAGUGUUUCAGUUUUAAAUCCGCUCUUAGUGUGCAUAAAAGAACCCACACGGGGGCAAAGCCGUAUUCCUGUCCUGAGUGUGAGAAAUGUUUUUCAGAUAAGUCCAGUUUUUAUAACCAUCAGAGAUUACACACAGGUGAGAAGCCGUAUUCCUGUUCUGAGUGUGGAAAAUGUUUUGUACAAAAAUCACAACUCGUCACACAUCAGAGAUCUCACACAGGGGAGAAGCCAUUUUUCUGUCCUAUGUGCGGGAAAUGUUUUUCAGACAAAUCACAUCUUAACAGACAUGAGAGAGUACACAUGGGGGAAAAGCCUUUUUCCUGUACUGAGUGUGGGAAAUGUUUUGCAUACAAGUCACAUCUUAAAAGACAUGAGAGAUUGCACAUGGGAGAAAAGCCUUAUACCUGUCCUGAGUGUGGGAAAUGUUUCUCAGAAAAGUCACAUCUAUACAGACAUCAGAGAUUACAAACAGGUGAGAAACCGUUUUCCUGUUCUGAGUGUGGGAAAGGUUUUCUACAAAAAUCGGAGCUUGUGAAACAUCAAAGGUCUCACACGGGGGAAAAGCCGUAUUCCUGUCCUGAGUGCGGGAAAUGUUUUUCAGAAAAGUCACAUUUAUACAGACAUCAGAGAUCUCACACGGGUGAGAAACCGUAUUCCUGUUCUGAGUGCGGGAAAUGUUUUUUACAAAAAUCAGAGCUAGUCCCACAUCAGAGAUCUCACACAGGUGAGAAGCCGUAUUCCUGUACUGAGUGCGGGAAAUGUUUUUCACAUAAGUCCAAUCUUUCCAGACAUCAGAGAUUGCACAAUGGGUAGAACCUACUUUCAUGCCCUGAGUGAGGGAAAUGCUCCUCACUGAAGUCCUGUCUUCCUGUACAUCAGGGAUCCCACACAACCCUCAAGGUG